AAUUAUUAAUCAAGAUGCCUAAAAACACGACUAAAAAGAAAACUAAAAAGGAAGAAAUACAGCAAGAGCCAGAGGAAGUAGCUCCUGAGCAGGACGGGGCCCCGGUUGAGGACCCUAAGAGUGUUGAAAAGACUAGGAAAUCAAGGAAAAGGAACAGAGAGGAACAAGACAAACCAAGAGAACCUCUUGAUAUUGGAUACAAUUCAGCAGACUCUGAUGAUGAAGAAGUCCUUAUCAGGACUGGAAAUAUCCCAGAUAACUGGUAUGACGAUUAUGCUGAAGGAGAUGGACUUGUUGGGUAUGAUGUCAAAGGAGAAAAAGUCCAAAAAGCACCUGAGUUGCAAAGGGAUGAGCUUGAUGAAUUCCUUAGGCGUCAGAAUGAUCCCAACUGGUGGAGAGAACUCAAUGAUAAGCUUAAUAACAAAAAUGUAAAGCUCUCUAAAGAGGAUGUUGAAAUGAUUGAGAGAAUUAGAAGCGGAAGAUUUGCUUUCGCUGAAGAUGAUAAUGAUGAUCUACUGUACAGACCUCCUGAAAAUGAUGAUAAUCCUGAAUUUAUGCAUGCUAUGAGCGAUUUCAACCCAAAAAGGAGAUAUGUUAGAUCUCUUCAUGAAAGAAAGAGAGUCAAUAGAUAUCUCCAAGCAAUCAGAAGGGGGUGGCUAAAAGUAAGAACCAGAGAAGAAAUUUUGCAAGAGUAUAAGAAAAAGAAUGAACAAGUGUGGGAUAUCUGGAAGGAUGAAUCAAUCACAGCUUUCAGGCCAAGAAGAUUACCAAAACAAAUUGAUGCUCCAAAGAAGGACCCUCCAGCACAUGCAGAAAGUUAUAACCCACCAAAGGAAUAUCUUCUAGAUGAAAAAGAGAAAGAAGAGCAAGAUGAACUUGAGCCAGAAGAAAGAUUAUACAAUUUCGAGCCCCAAAUAUUUGAUAGCUUAAGAAAAGUCCCAUUGUACAAUAAUCUUAUCAAAGAAACUUUUGAAAGAUGUCUUGAUUUGUAUAUUUGCCCAAGAGUUCAGAGGAAGAAGAUUAAUAUUGCAGCAAGCCAACUCAUUCCUGAUAUGCCUAACCCAUCUGAGUUAAAACCAUUCCCAUCUAAGGUAUCAAUUGAAUAUAAAGGCCAUGAUGAAGCUAAGGUUAGAAGCUUAACAGUAUCACCUUGUGGUAAAUACCUUGCAUCAGGAGAUGACCAAGGAAACGUCUUCCUUUGGGAUGUCAAAACUGGAAGAAUUAGACACAAAUAUAAAUUUGAAGGCAUUGUUGACUGUGUUAGGUUCAAUCCAAACAAAAGUGUUUUGAUCCUCUCAGUAGUCAAUCAUAAUCACGUUUAUAUGAUUAUGCCUCAGAAGUUGUAUACUAGAGAUGAGAGGAAAGACACUGAAAAUUUGAUCAAAGAGUUCAAAAACAACUUUAUUCCAUCAGUUGAUACUUCUUCAACAAAGAAGCCACCAUGCAAAUGGGAAUUCUUGGAACAGUCUGAUAAAGACUUUGUUGAGAGAGACGUUAGAGUAAAGCUAGAGUUUGAAUAUAUCAUUAAAAAGAUUGAUUGGCACUCAAAAGGAGAUUACUUUGCUACUCUUGCUGAUAAUAUUCAAACAUCGACACAGGUCUUAAUUCACUCUCUGUCUAAGGCUCAGACUCAAAAGCCAUUCUCUAAGAGUAAGGGUAUCAUUGAGACGAUUUCUUUCCACCCUGUUAGACCUCUGUUCUUUGUUUGUAAUGAUCAGCAAGUGUUCUGCUACAACCUCCAGAAGCAAGUUCUUAUCAGGAAAUUCCACUCUGGAGCAAGAAUGGUAUCAAGUAUUGCUCUUCAUCCAAAGGGAGACAAUUUUGUAAUUGGAUCUUAUGACAAAAAACUUAUGUGGUUCGAUUUGGAAAUGGGCAACACUCCAUAUAAAAAGAUGAAGUACCACUCUAAAGCUAUCAGAAAUGUUUCAUUCAGUGGUAUAUAUCCACUCUUUGCUAGUGCAUCUGAUGAUGGUUCUCUUAAUGUAUUCCAUUCUCAAGUAUACGAAGAUUCAGCGAUGAACCCUCUGAUUGUCCCAGUAAAAAUCUUGAGAGGACAUGGAGUCAGAGAUAAACUCGGUGUUCUUGAUUGCGUGUUCCAUCCUGACCAGCCAUGGCUCUUCUCAGCAGGAGCAGAUGGAAGACUACUCCUCUGGGUAUAAAUCUCAAAAGAAGCAGGAUUAUUUCAAUUCUCUUUUGUGAAAAUAUUCAAU